GUAUCCUAUACGAGGGGUAUGGACACUGUGGAGACACUCGAGACGACUAGAUAGAGUAUAAAGGCCAAGGACGUCGACGUCUUCCCCCGGCACACACAACCCCUGUCCAUCCAUUGCUUGAAAGAAUGUUCACAUCCACAAGCAAGACCCUGCUAGCGGCCACCGCGGCCGCAGCGGUCUUCAGCACCACCAUCCAAGUUGCCGACGCACUCUGUCCCAUCCUCGCCGCUCGUGACCCCCGUCUCUCGAUCCGCAACGCCGCACCUGCGCCGCUGCCGCCCAAUCACCCUGCCGUCUCCAACCAUUUUGCCGCGCCGGUCUUUGAAACCCGCGACGAUGCGACGACGUACAUCUCCAAGAUUGAUUUCAAGGCCCUUGAGGCGGAUAUCAUCAAGACGCUGACGGAUUCGAAGGAUUUCUGGCCCGCGGACUUUGGGAACUAUGGCCCGUUUUUCAUCAGGUUGGCGUGGCAUUGUGCUGGGUCUUACAGGUCCUCGGAUGGUCGUGGAGGAUGUGAUGGAGGCCGCAUCCGCUUCGACCCCGAACUCUCCUGGGCCGACAACGCCAACCUCGACAAAGCGCGCCAGCUCCUCGAGCCCCUCAAGGCCAAAUACGGCGCUGCGCUCUCCUGGGGCGACCUCAUCGCCUUCACCGGCACCACCGCUAUCAAGUCCAUGGGCGGACCCACCAUCGGGUUCUGCGCCGGCCGGUCCGACGAUGCCGACGGUCGCGCUUCCCUUCCCUUGGGACCCAGCAGCGAGCAAGAGGCGAUUGUGCAGUGCCCUGUUAAUGGGAACUGCACAUACCCGCUGGGUCCGACUACCAUUGGGUUGAUUUAUGUGAAUCCGGAGGGACAUAUGGGGAUCCCCGAGCCGAGUGGGAGUGUACCGGAUAUUCGCGCGUCGUUUGGACGGAUGGGCAUGAAUGAUCGCGAGACGGUUGCGUUGAUUGGCGGUGGGCAUUCGUUUGGGAAGGCCCAUGGUGCUUGCACGGCUGGAGCUGGCAAAUGCGGCACAGGCCCCGACCAAGGCAAAGGCCGCAACACCUUCACCAGCGGCUUCGAAGGCCCCUGGACCGCCCACCCCACGAAAUGGGGCAACGAUUACUUCGACAACCUGCUCACUUACAACUGGACCGUCUUCAUCGGACCGGGAGGACACCACCAGUGGCGCCCUGCGGCUACCGAUACCGUUGAGCCCGCUGACGCGCAUAUCCGCAUGCUCACGGCGGAUGUUGCGCUGCUGCAUGACCCGAGCUACCGCGCUUUGGUCGAGGAGUAUGCGCGUGAUAGACGCAGCCUCGAGAAGGACUUUUCUGAGGCUUGGUACAAACUAACCACCCGCGACAUGGGCCCGGUCACUCGCUGCCACGGCCCUACCGUCCCCGCCCCUCGCCCCUUCCAAAACCCGCUCCCCGCCCGCACGGCCCCGCUACCCAACUUCUCCGCCGUGAAAUCAGACAUUGGCAGAUUGCUGCAGACGGACAAGGCGGCCGCGGCGUGUCCGGGCGAUGGCCCCAAUGGGAAGUAUUACGGCGCCUUGUUUGUUGAGCUCGCGUGGAGGUGUGCAUCGACGUUCCGUGCUACGGAUUUCGCGGGUGGGUGUAAUGGGGCGAGGAUUAGGUUGGCGCCUGAGAAGGAUUGGCCUGAGAAUGUUGGGAUCAAUCAGGUCCUCGACGUGUUGCGCCCCGUGAAAGCCAAGUACGGCGUCGAACUCUCCUGGGCCGAUCUGAUCGUCCUCGCUGGACAAACCGCUCUCGAGAAAGCGGGUAGCAAAUCCCUUUCCUUCGUCGGUGGCCGCGUCGACGCCAAGGACGGCAGCAACCCCCUCCCCCGCACCUACUACCCCAACGCCACCAUCGCCGCCCACGACACCCUCUCCCUCCUCAACCUCACCGCCGCCGAAUACACCGCCCUCUCCGCGCGUCUCCGCAGCCCAACCCAACAAUCACGUCUCGGCCUCGGUUCCAAAACCUACACCCGCAACCCCGCGCGCCUCACCAACGACUACUUCAAAACCCUCCUGUCCCACAAAUGGGCGCCGACGGGCGUGACCUCCAAAUCGGGCGCGAAGCAGUACAAGGCGGUGGAUGCGGAGGUUUUUGUGACCGAUGCGGAUUUGGCGCUGGUUUGGGAUGGGGAGUUGAGGAGGGUUGUGGAGGGGUUUGCGGGCGAUGAGGAGAGGUUCCGGAAGGUGUUUGCGCAAGGGUGGAGUAAGCUUAUGACGGCGGAUCUGUUCUAGAAAGCUUGUCCGGCCCACUCUUGGGUUGGGAUUUAUACCCUCUAUCAUACCCAUCGAGUCUUUUGCAUGGGGACGAAGCAGCUGAUUCGCUUUCGUCACGGCGUACGUUUGUGUAGCGUAGCAUUAGCAUACUACCAGUAGCAUUUUCAUAUUCCGCAAAGGUCAGACGAAGAGUGAUAGUAUUGCACAGAAUCUUCAGGACCUCA